AACCACACUCACUCCCUAUCUCUUUGACAAUUAUGUCCUCCGAUGGCUCUGUUCUCCCUGAACAGGCCGCUUCCGACGACAGCACGCCCCUGGACCUUCGCAAGGUCUUCUCGCAUCCAGCAGGUCUGCGCACAGCCCGAUAUAUCGUCGGUCACUUCAUUCAAGCCUCGCAGAGCCAGAACCUACAAACCGCCGGUGACAAUUUCUCUUCGGUUUCUCCGACGCUCUUCGACUCGAGCCCUGAGGUUGCGAAUCUGCUAAAAGAGAUCCUGGCCUUCAGCGAGUCAGACAAUACGGUAACAGGCUCUGUUGGGAAUGGCGCUGCAACAAGUAGUCUGUAUGGCAACAGGGGCGGCACCAUGGCAGGAGCUGCUUCGUCACUCUCUUCCCAUUUCGAACGCUCUCGCCCGCAACAGUCGCUUACAAUGCCCCCUUUCAAUGCCCAAACAUCAAUAGCCAACUCCUCCGCCAACUAUUACACUUCUAAUAGACCAAACGCAUCUUACUCUUCACACCAACGUAUGCAACUGCCCCCGGUUCAGACUAUGUCCGGUAUGGAGGUGUCAUCGUCGUCCAAGCCAUCGGGCUCGUCCUUCCAUGGCACAGAAUCCCCUUACCAUGUUGAAUCUCCUUCCGGCCGCUCUUCAACGAACACACCACAGCCCAUGUCUCGACAGUCCAGUGGAAGACACACGCAAAUGUCGAACUUACCGAAUCCAGAGAACGAGCCGCUGAGACUCGAUCAGGCCGCAUCCUUUGCUGCGCAAUUCCAAACGAGUCAGGGGUCAAACAAUUCGCAGACAAAGAUGGUAAAUGGGGGAUACUUCACAUCAGUACAAGCAAUGUCAUCUUCCCGAAAUCAGCCAUACAACAGUACUUCCUCUAAUUUUCAGAGUCGACUUCCUAAUAACAUCAAGAACUUCCUUCCCGUCAAUAAAGCACCCAACAAUAAUAGCAAAUCGGAGCCAGUUGCAGUUGAGCGGGCAAUAGCAAUCGGCAAUAGGCCCUCUCAAGGAGUUUCUCAAACAUCUACACAUAUAUCGACCUCCCACGCAGCUCAUUCUCCUGUAUUAAUCAGCCCCCACCCUGGUGUCGACCACCCUCUCUUCAAAGCGCAAAGUACCAACACCGCCAUGGAACCAAAAGUUGGAAAGAAGAGGAAGCCAAAGGCUGAUGGUGUCCCACGGGUGAAGAGACAGAAGACGGAUAAACCUGCCGGUAAGGUAAAGCGUGUGCCAAAGGAGAAGGAAGUGAAGCCUAUACCAGCAUGCCAAAAGCUGUCCGACGAUCUGUGGAUGCGCAUUCUCGAGUUUUCCCCGCCGCAUUUUCUCAAGAAGGUCCGUCUCUGGAACAGAGCUUUUAAGGAGAUGGUCGAUGGUUACGAUUCGCUCUUUGUCAACCAACGAAUGGAAAACUUUGGGGUCAACAUGCCGAUUGCCAAGACGAUGGGACUCACUGAGAGGCAGUAUACAGAUCUAUUGGGAGGAAAGGGAUGUUUGGAACCAGGAUGUACCGACAAGAAGGCUUCCAGAACGCAUUGGUCUUGGGCGAAGAGAUGGUGUACGAAGUGCUGGCAAAAUAAGAUCGAGCGUGAGGAUCGGAUACUCAAGGCUCGGCAGCAUGAUUUCCCACAGCGCCAGAUUCUCACGAAGCUCCUCGAAUGUAUUCCUAUCGGUAUGCACGACUCAUUUAUGAAAGCCCAUGAUUAUAUUGAGAACCUGGAGGCUCGUCCAAGCACAGCGCCACGGAUAUAUAAGUACUAUAUCAAGAGCGAGGUCGAUAAGAUUAUCGAGGAGUACCAGGCUUUCAAGCUACUGCCUUUCAAAGACGAUCCGAACAAGUCUGCCGCAGAGAAUGCUAGCGCGAGAACCGAACAUCAGCAGAAGGAGGCCGAGGCAGCGCAACAACAGUCGGAUUUCUUGGAUGAGAGGAAGGCGAAGAAUGACGAGCAUAUGCAGAGAGUCCUCAAGAUCGAAGGAGCUAUUCGCAAGAAGCGUCAGGAAGAUGCCCAGCCAUACAACAAGAACAGAGAAGGUCGCAGAGAGCUGUUCCUCAAGCGUGCUUCUGAGGAAAUUCCCGAUAUUCCUGCAACCUUCAUCACCGAGACUAAAGCUUUCAAAGCUGCCACUCGUAUUUUCCGAGACGCGGGGACCGAGAGAGGUUGGCAAACCUUGAAGCCGAAAAUCGAGAAGGAGUGGGAGGACAGUGCUGAGAAGCGCCGACUUGAAAGAGGUGAAGGCGCUGAGAACGACGAUGAUAUUGCCACUAUCCGAGGCGAUAAGUCCCAAGAUACCCAGCCUUCCACCAACUUGCCCAGCAGGGAAGCCAGCCAACCUUAUAAUAGUCAGCAAAAUCAAUUGCCCGGAAUUGGUCCUCAGCGAUAUGACCAGGUUGACAUGCAAGCCUUCAUGGCAGAUCGGGCUAGCAGCAUGAUGUCGUCGAGUGGCAUGUUUGGCCCUUUUUACUCAAACUACGGAGCGAACAACAGCUACGGGAGAACUGCAGGCUCUAGCCUGCACGCGAACAUGUUCUCUACUGCCUCACUUGGAAACUCCUUCUUGGACGGAUCAACACAAUUUCAAUCAUCCAACAUAAACCAUAAUACUAUUCACAUGCCUACGGACUUGGCGCCGUUGUAUCAGAGCAACACAUAUAUGAAUUUUCCGCACUCUUCGACUAAUAACAACAACUUCUACGGCACGGGAUCUGCAAAUACACAGCCGGGAGAACGUAAGAUCACGGUCAAUUCUCUACUGGCCGAUCCAGCUCCUGGUGGCUAUGAUGCCUAUCAAUGAUAAACCCUUUGGUUUCUGGGUACGCAUAAGAGACGAUCUGGUAUCUUUCUCGAAGCUUUAAUCCAACCAUCCAGUCUGGGCAGGACAUUCAAAGACGUCGGCGACUUCAUUGAUUUGGUCCAGCAGAUUAUGCUGGGAACAAACCUUUAGGCCUGGUUUAAGCCUGCCUACAGCUAGCCUCUAUUGCUUUCUCUGUACACUCUCCAGCAGCAGAUAUAUCGACUCACGCCGCAACGUCACGUAUACCUGCCUGCUGUUCAUAUCGUUUUCUUUUUGCUUCUUACACUGGAUUUAGCGUUUCCUUUUCAUUUUCCUUUUCGGGGGUUGUUGAACCUUUUUGCGCAUCACAUCAUUCAUGGAUUGGCGAUUAUCGUGGCAUGCAUGGCUUUGUCGUACAAUACCCAGCAAGGCGUCGGAACUGGCAUACAUAUUGGAACGGAUGGAAGGGGAUGGGACAUGGCGUAUGAACUGAAAUGAAGGGGGUCAGGAUUGAUUCACGUUGCUUUUCUUUGCUCUUGAUUAGCUGCAGGGAGGGAGGCAGGGGUUUUAUUGAAUGAAAGUCUGCAUGCACGGACUUGUGGUAGUAGGGCACAGUUAGUGGUUGGAUGGGCUGGGGGCGGGGAUCGUGAUUCGCUCCCAUUGCUCAUGUAGGAUGGAGCUUGGGAGGCAGGCACAGAGGCAGUUCGGAUCUGCAAAUGUGACGUUGCAUAGUUGAGUGAUUGAGCAAGUUGAAAGGUAGAUGCACAAAUGAACAAACAUACAAAC